AUGGCAAGUCUCUAUGAUACAGUUAUGGCCGAAUUAUUAGGUCACAAUGGUAGUAUCAUUACUAGUGAUCCUAUUGGUGCUCCUUAUAAUCUAUUACAAGAUUAUCAAGCCCAAGUUGCAAUUAUCUACCAAUCUUUUCUUCAAUCUAAAAGAACAGGAAAUCAAAGG